GUUAUUGUUUAUUUAAUUUGUUUAUUCGGGUCUGGUAUAUAGCCUAUCCUCUUCAGCUUCGCGUGCUCGCUCUGUCCAGCGCUGAGCUCAACAGAAAUCAGCUGACAGCCAUAGCGCGCGCUCGCCCCUUACCUAGCCUCGGAAUUGAGCAGCUCCCGGUGCGAUGGCGUCUGUUUCUGCCAUGAUUGUGUCGACGCCUUGUUGUGCUUCUGCACCCAUCGCUUCGAACCUCGCCUCCGCGUCGUGUUUCGGAGCAUCUCCACAAUUGCAGGUCUCUAGCUAUGGGAGCCUCAGAUCUACAAAGAAUUUCCCAACCUGCGUGUGUGAUGCCUCAGGAUCGGACGACAAGGAUGCCAGCAACAGUAAGGUAUGGCAGAGGGGCCUGGCCGCAGCGCUGGCCGCAGUGGUCCUGGGCACAGGGAUGAAGGCAGGUGCAGAGCUCAACAAGUUUGAAGCUGACACCCGUGGAGAAUUCGGAGUGGGUUCUGCUGCGCAAUACGGAUCUGCAGAUUUGAGGAAGACGGUGCAUUCUAAAGAGAAUUUCCGUCGAGCAAACUUUACAUCCGCCGAUAUGAGAGAAGCAGACUUCAGUAACUGCCCCUUCAAUGGUGCUUACCUGGAGAAGGCUGUCGCCGCGAAGACAAAUUUCAGAGGUGCCGACUUGAGUGACACUUUGAUGGACCGAAUGGUCCUAAAUGAGGCCGAUCUCACAGAUGCUCUUCUAGUCCGAGCUGUUCUCACUCGAAGCGACCUCGGAAAGGCGAUAAUUGAGGGAGCUGACUUCAGUGACGCAGUUUUGGACCUUCCACAAAAGCAGGCACUGUGCAAAUAUGCCAGUGGAACGAACCCGGUAACGGGAAUGGACACGAGGAAAAGUCUGGGAUGCGGAAACAGCAGGCGGAAUGCCUAUGGAACGCCCUCGGCCCCGUUCCUCAGCGCACCACCGGAACAACUCCUCGACAAGAACGGAUUUUGUGACGAUGCCACCGGAAAGUGCAACCAAUCGGGACUGGAAUGAGCUCCCUCUCAUGUUGCACUUCAUGUUCUAUAGAAACACACUGAGCCCGACCAACCUGCAGUCUCUGCAUCAUGAAAGGACCAAUGUCACACACACCUUGUACUUGUACUGAUAAUCACAAACGUCACUCGGGGUCUCUCCAAAGAUCUCGCUUUUCACAGC